AUGGCGGACAAAAGAAUACAGUUGAUCCAAUGUGCCGGGAAUCUGAAGCGGAGCAGAUCUGAGGGAACAUUAGUUGAUGUAGAUGACGAUGUUUUUACCAGCAGCCCAAAUGGUGGGCUCCAAGCAAACUUGGACCGCACAGAUGGCCCAAAGUCCGCAGGGACAAAAAACCCUUUCUGGAACAAGUCUGGAUCCAAUCCUUUUCUAGACGACAUCGUGUCAAGCCAUGCAAAUGAAAACCAUUCUGUUCCGAUCGAAGCCAAACAAGAUAACACCAACAAUGAGGACGCAGCGAGCACAUCCUCAGACGAAGGAAAUAUCGGAAACCAUUUGGAAAACAGGAACAAAUUCAGCAACAAGUCAGGACGGUGGAGAAGCGCUUCUGACAUUUUGGACGAAUUGGAAAAAAAACCGCCAAAACGCGCCAAUAGUGUCUCAAAACCACCCGGGACUGUCUUAAACCCGGAUUUUGAAUGGUUAAAAGACGACAGGGAAGCCUAUAAAAUGGCCUGGUUGAGCCAUCGGCAGCUCACUCGCUCCUGUCUCGAUCUAAACUUAAUGAGCCAAAGCAAAGGUUGGGCUCAAACCCAGGCCACAGACUUCCAGGUGAUAUGCAAGAUCGGACACACAGGAGACUCUGUUCAGCUACCCGACUCACAGGUAAGCAUCCAUUUCCCAGAAGGCCAUGUGGCGCCCGGGGAAGUGCAAGAAGUGACCCUGAAAGCAACAUUGGACCCUCCCCCUGGGCUCAAUAACAACUACACGACGACCAUGAGCCCCUUGGUGGAAGUGAUCCUUAGCAACAUCAAUACGAAAAAGUGCAUUUCUCUAGACAUGAAGCUUUCUGGAGAGGUGCGUGCUGAUCAGACCAGCCAGCUCAUGACCACUGUCACCGGAUUGACGUCGAAUAAGAGAGAAGGCCCCUAUGUCAAAAUGGAUGAUUGUUCCAUUUCCAGAAACACAAUGCAAAUGAAGCUGCAGGAUUUGAAGACGCAUUUUUACAUAAUUGCCGUGGCGGAGGCUUGUGCCAUCGAGCCCCCCGCCACUUCAGUGUGGGAUUAUCUGGACCGACCGAUCACCGUGGCAGUUUAUGGUCCUCGCUACAUCCAUCCGUCAUUUAAAGUCGUAAUAGUGGCGUGCUGUCACGACGAUGUCCCACCGAAGCUACCAUUUUCAGACGUCUGCAGAGGCAACAAAACUCUACCCCCUCUAGUCUUGCAGCUCUGGGGGAAACAUCACUUGAAACCAGACAAGCUUAACGACAUGAAAAUCGCAAUCAGCGUGAUGGAGACGGUGUUCAAAAUCCCUCCCGAAGACGCGCUUAAAGAGGUCAGAAAAAGCCAGCUUAAAAUAGGCACCGUUUUGCAUCUGCCGGUUGCUUUAUCAUGCGAUAGGACAGGUCACAUGGAGCCUUUCACGCUUGCGUUAUGUGUUAAAGAAGCAAACGCUGAAACCGUAGCUCAGUUCCAAGUGGUUUCGCCAACCGCGGCACCACUGCGCAGUGAAAAGCGACCAAGGAACUCUGAAAAGCGACUGGAGAUCCCCACAAGUCCAACAAUUCCUGAGGAGAGCGUGCCAGCUUUUCCAAUAUUCCAAGACAACCCGGUGAAUCUGCAGUGGUACGGAGUUGCUCUGAAGUCGGUUCUCAGACAGCCGCGAGUGGAUUACCUGCUGGAGUAUUUUAAAGGAGACACUAUGGCUCUUCUCUCCAAAGACACUGUCAAAUCAGUUGGCAAUUUCAAAGUAAAAGAGUGGUACAUUGGGUUUCUCCGAGGCCGGAUUGGGUUAAUUCACUGCAAAAACGUCAAGCUCAUAGCCAAAGAUCAAGUAAUGGACUUCACUGGGAUUCAUAUGACGACAGAGGUGCUACUCAACAACAUGACGCAGCCCUUUAAAAAGCUGACGUACAUGUAUUCUGCCAUUCAGACUAUGGUGACGGAUCAUAUAAGCAGCUGGAGAGACUUUGCCAGUUCGUUAGGCUAUCACAAUCUGACCCUAGACACCAUCACGAGGUGCUACACGGAGAGUGAAGUGGACAAAGUGGCCAGUGUGUUGGAGAGGCUGAAGGAGGACUGUCACACUGAUAAGAGCAAGAGGAAGUUUCUGCAUGAACUCAUUAUUGGCCUGUUGAAGAUGGAUGCUGUAAACCUGGCGGCUCAGCUGAUCCAGAACACGGUGAUCCUGUCAACGGCGGUGGAGCUGGGGUCGCGGUGGAGAGAACUCGCCGAGAAGAUGGGAAAACUCAACAGCACUCAGAUAUCUGCGUAUGAAGCCCCUCACCGCGGCAAGACGGGCGACGUGUCCGCCCAGGCCAUGUGGAAACCCGCCUAUGACUUCCUCUACUCCUGGAGCCAGCGCCACAGAAAUAGUUACAAGGACAUGAUUCAGGACCUGCACUUGGUUCUGGACAAGAUGAAAAACCCCACGACCCGACAGUGGAGGCAGCUGACGGGAGCGCUCAUCACCGUCAACUGUCUGCAACUCUUCCGAAACUCUGCAUUCCCCAAAUCAUAG